AAACCAGUUUUAUAUGUGUGAGUCGUAGUCGUUUUCUUCGGCUUUUUUGGCACAUUGUAUUUAAUCUAGGAAAUACAUUUAUUGACUUAAAUUGUUAUUGUGAAACAAAAUAAAGUUAAUAAAUUGGGAAAAUAUGCAUUCAUGCGUCGCUUCGUGGGCACUAAAUAUUAUAUGAUUGAUUUGAAAAAAUAAGAAAACUAAUAACACAAACGAAAAACAAUCGAAAUAACAAUGGAAUCCCCGCAAUUUGCCGGAUCAAGCAGUUCGUCAAUUGGAGCAGUCGGACUAGUGACUGAAGAACUUAACGCGGAACAAAUUGUUCCGGCACCUAACUGCCUGACUCGAAGUGACAAGUUGGAUGUGGGCGGAGGAUAUCAUCCUACUACCGAGUGUCUAGGAAGUUGUACUGGUACUCAGUCCUCAAUAAACAGUCAGUCGGGUUUUAAAUGGAAGCGCGUCCUUAAUCCAACCGGACCACAACCACGCCCACGUCAUGGACACCGUGCAAUUAAUAUCAAGGAAUUGAUGGUGGUUUUCGGCGGUGGUAAUGAGGGAAUUGUUGAUGAACUUCACGUUUACAAUACAGUCAGCAAUCAAUGGUAUGUUCCGGUGUUAAAAGGCGAUGUACCAAAUGGCUGUGCAGCUUAUGGAUUUGUUGUUGAAGGAACGCGCAUGUUUGUUUUUGGUGGUAUGAUUGAAUAUGGCAAGUACUCGAAUGAGCUCUAUGAGCUGCAGGCAACAAAGUGGGAAUGGCGUAAAAUGUAUCCAGAAUCGCCAGAUAAUGGUUUGCCUCCAUGUCCACGCUUGGGUCACAGUUUUACGAUGGUAGGUGAGAAGAUUUUUCUCUUUGGCGGCUUGGCAAACGAAUCAGACGAUCCCAAAAAUAAUAUUCCCAAAUAUCUGAAUGAUUUAUAUAUAUUGGAUACGCGAGGAGUGCACAGUCACAAUGGCAAGUGGAUUAUUCCAAAAACUUUUGGAGACAGUCCUCCACCACGCGAGUCACACACUGGCAUCUCUUUUAUCAGCAAAGAUUCAAAAAAAUUACGCUUGCUUGUGUACGGCGGAAUGAGUGGCUGUCGUUUAGGCGACUUGUGGCUAUUAGACACAGAUUCAAUGACUUGGGAAAAGCCAAGAACCAGAGGACAGGCUCCAUUGCCACGCUCAUUGCAUAGUUCAACAAUGAUCGCCAACAAAAUGUAUGUAUUCGGUGGUUGGGUGCCGUUGGUCAUAAAUGAUACAAAAGCAACUACUGAAAGAGAAUGGAAAUGCACAAACACAUUGGCUGUGCUUGAUUUGGACACAAUGACUUGGGAGAACGUCACUUUGGACACUGUUGAAGAAAAUGUACCAAGGGCACGCGCUGGCCAUUGCGCUGUCGGCAUUCAAAGUCGUUUGUAUGUGUGGUCAGGUCGCGAUGGUUAUCGGAAAGCAUGGAACAACCAGGUUAGGGUAUGUUGUAAAGAUCUUUGGUACCUGGAGGUGACAAAGCCACUGUAUGCUGUUAAAGUGGCAUUGGUACGUGCGUCGACGCAUGCUUUGGAACUAUCUUGGACAGCCACUACCUUUGCGGCGGCAUAUAUGCUACAAAUCCAAAAGAUUGAGCAAUCGCAGGGUGCUGGCACAAAGCAAUCCGGUCAGAGUCAAAAUCAAAGUCUAAUAUCAGCAAGCAGUGCAGCGACUGCCAUUUCUACAGCCGUCGCAUCCGUAUCUGAUGAUCAAGAAAGUGAGCCAUCCGCAUCAGUUGGCAAAUCCACAAUAGGCCAAUCGAAUGGUUCUAACCCUGAUCUUAUCGAUCCAACUGUGAAGACAUCAAUUGCAUCAGUGUCGUCGGUUUUAAUAACAAAUGUUCAGCCACAAAUAUCGAUAAUAAGCAGCAGUGGCGCUGCAUCAGGUACGGCAGCCACUGCGAAUUCACUGCAAAAAUUUAUGACCGGCUCAACAAAGAUCCCAACAAGCAUAGCGUCUUUGCCAACGACAACUACUGACACGUCGCACUUGAGUGGGGCACGAGCUGUGACAAGUACCAAUGCUAGCAGUAGCAUUGUACUUACUACACAACAGCCGUCAACUGGCACUGGCACACUGCGAAUUGUACCUGGCGGUGUAACUUCAACUACCGGUCAAGGAUUACGGAUGGCUACUACGAGCAGCAACAGCGGUCCAACGACAACCGCAACUUUGAAAACUUCACAGCCCAGUGCCACAGUGCAACUAUCAUCAUCGUCAUUAUCAACGACCACGGCAGCUCCAACGAUAUCAACCUCGUCUGCCACACUGGGCGGGAAACAAUAUUUUAUACAGAAGCCUCUGACAUUGGCGCCAAAUGUUCAAUUACAAUUUGUAAAGACAAGUAGCGGUGGUAUGGCCGUACAGACGCUGCCUAAGGUUAAUUUUAAUAUAACCAAAGGUCACGCUAGCCAUGCUCAAGCUAUAUCUCUUUGCAAUCAGCCUACGGCCUCUACACAAAUCCAGAUCGCAUCUACUAACAGCAGUAUGCAACCGAAAACGAUUAUGGCAACUGGAGCUGCAGUAUCAUCAGUAGCAAGUGCAACACCCUCAACAUCAGCACUGGGUCAUCAAGCUCUAUUACAUCAGCAACAGAAUCAGCAAAAGUCCAUUGUUGCUGGCAAUGUACUUAAAUUGGUUUCGCCUCAUACUGUUGCCGGUGGCAAGCUAAUUAUGAAAAAUUCGAAUAUUCUGCAAAUGGGAAAAGUGACAUCCAAUAUGAUGAGCGGGAAACCAGCUUUUGUAAUCACAAAUAAACAAGGAGCUCCUAUCGGCAAUCAGCAAAUUAUAAUUGUUACCACUGGGUCAAGUAUACGCACAGUGCCUGGUACCGCUGUGAUGACCAGUGCUGGCAGCAGCUCCAGCUCUAUCUCCAGUCAUGGCACAAGCAUUGUCAGCUUUGUUGGUUCCACAGGUAGCACAUCGACUGCAACUACUAUUCCACGUACCGUCUUAUCAAGCCCUAGUAAUGUGAAAAUGGUGCGGAGUAUAGCUGGUGGUGGAACUACUGCAACUACAGGUGGACGACCCAUAACAUUGACAUUGCCAACAUCAACAGCAGCAGUUGCCAAUAAGCCUCAAUUGACCACACAUAAAUUGCAACAAAAAACGGCUGUUUACAUUGGAGGCAAGCCUGUGACUGUAAUGAGUACAAAUAACGCUGGCAUAGGGAUUACAUCCUCACCAGUUGGUGUCGGCACCGGCUCCAAUAAAUUGGUAAUGUUACCUGGUGCAGCGGCUGCUGCUGCUGCACGAAAAGGAUUUGUCAAUAUUUACAAUGCUAGUGCAUCGAGCAGCGUUGGUCAACGUGCCUUAACGUUGGCUACCACAACGAAAAGUGCUGCCACAUCGGCUCCAGUUGUGAAAUCAACUUUUAACAUUCAAUUAGCAGAGAAAAAUAAUGGAGGAGCUGCUGAUACUUUGGCUGAAUCUGCUUAUAUUGAUGCCGAUCCAAUGGAUGAUAUUAUUGAGCAACUCGAUGGCGCCGGGGAUUUAAAUAUAAAAUCAAAAAAAGAUACUGACAAUUUUGAUAAUGGAAACGACAGGGAUGAUGACAUGGAUAAUGAUUCCGCGAUAGCAUCGUCAACAUCGGCAGCGGCUGGCUUAAUUAAUAGUGGUAUUGCCACGACAAAUGAAGAUACUGGAAUCGACGCCACUGCUGAUAAAAACAUCAAACCGGAAAUUGUUGAUGAUGUAUCUGAUGUAAGUAGCACAACAGAUGCCCGCAAAUUGAAUAGCAUCGAUGAUAUCAUUGGAAAUUCGAAGGCAAUAGGAACUACAACAAAUGUCUUAGAGUUCAACAAGCCGACUGCUUCUGAGACUGAGGCGGCCAAUAUUUUAACUACAAUCAAGUCUGGAGAUGUUAUAAGCGCUGGUGUUAGUGGUCUAUUCAAAGACCCGACAAUAUCCACUACAUGCGAGACCGAUGCUAAUCAAAUUCCUCCUGUUGAAAUUUCUGUUCAAAGACAGCCAUCAAAUGUGGAUGAUUCACAUUUGGAAGCCUUAGCGUCUGCAGCAGUUCUGCAAGCGGCCACAGCUUCGGUUAACUUAAUUCAGACACCAAAAAGUUUGCUCUAUGGCGGAACUAUUAAUCAGCUCAGCAGUAUCAACCAUAAAUCGAAUGACAACCAAAAAACAUCUAAUGAUAAUAAUAUGUCAAUUGACGAAAGUGAUAAAUGGAACACCGUCGGCAUAUUUAAAGAUCUAUCGCACACUGUUACAAGCUAUAUCGAUUACAAGUACUUCUCCAGCUCUUUGCUUGAUAACUUUGAUGCGGAAAAUAUACCGGAUUUAACAGAAUAUCCGCGCAUCAGUUUGGAUCCAGGUACAGCGUAUCGGUUUCGCCUUGCGGCACUUAAUUCAUGUGGUCGCGGUGAAUGGGGAGAGAUAUCCAGCUUCAAGACGUGCUUACCCGGUUUCCCUGGUGCCCCGUCGGCCAUAAAGAUAUCGAAAGAUGUUAAGGAGGGAGCACACUUGACCUGGGAGCCGCCACCAGCACAAAAGACCAAGGAAAUUAUUGAGUAUUCAGUCUAUCUGGCUGUUAAGCCUACUACUAAAGAGAAAGUCGUUUCACCUCAGCUGGCAUUUGUUCGUGUGUACGUUGGCGCUGCUAAUCAAUGCACCGUGCCGAAUGCGUCACUGUCGAAUGCCCAUGUCGAUUGCUCGAACAAGCCGGCGAUUAUUUUUCGUAUUGCUGCACGUAAUCAGAAGGGGUACGGGCCAGCGACCCAAGUGAGGUGGCUGCAAGACCCAACAUCAACAAAACUCCAAGGCGCUGCCAAUACGAACAACUUAAAGCGAACACAAGAGAAAUUAGCAGCAUCCUCAGCAAGUCCUUUUAGCUCGCCACAAAAGCGUGCUCGUGGACCUGGUAUGCAAACCACCGAUUAAUAGUCUAUGUUACUGGCAUACAUUGUACAGAGCGAUCGUUGGUAACAUUCUAUUUAGCUCCACUAGCAACUUAUAAUUUUACAAUAUGCUUUCAGUAGUAAGAGGUAUAGGUUGCAUUCACUUUAAUUAAGCACAUCUACAAAAUAGCUCAUAAGUCGGAAAUACAGCCGAAAGUAAAAAGUCGCAAAGUAAUAUGAUGCAAAUAAAACACUUUUAUGAAUAAAUGAAACUCUUAA